AUGAAAAGCGAAACAGAGGAUUUUUUAAUUGCUUUUUUAUUUGAUAUAGCUUUCUUUGGAGUAUGUGUAGGUAUAUGGUUUUAUAUUAGAAAAAAUAGAGACGAAAAUAAAAUUAAUGAUAAUAUAUAUAUAUUAAGUCAAAAUACAUAUAGUGAGAUUAAAGUAGACAGAGAUUCUUCAUGUGCAAAAGAUGAUGAUAAUAUUGAAAUAAAAGGAAAAUCCAAUAAAUUUAGAACUUUUUUAAAUAUAAAGGAUGAUAAAAUUGUAAAUACAGAAAUUAAAUAUUAUUUAUUCUUUUUAAAAACAAAUAGAAAUAUAAUAUUUUCAUUAUGCAUUUUAGGAACUUUUCUUGUUUUACCUUUAUAUCUUUCCAUACCAAGAGAUGAUAUUAAUAACCCUUCUUUUUUUAAUUACAUUAGUGCAGGAAGUAUAUCAGAUAUUAAUGUAUUAACAAUUUUGUACUUCAUAACCUUAAUAUAUAGUGCUAUAUCUUAUGCUCUUAUUUAUUUAUUAUGGAGAAAAAUAAGGCCAAGUAAAAAGAAAACAAAAAAAUUUCUUCCACAAAAUUUUACUAUAAUGGUUUCACGUAUUGAUAAAAAUGAGAUAAAUGCAUAUAAGAUUUACAAAUAUUUUUGCAAUUUGACAAAUAAUAAAGUGGUAUCAGCAUAUUUAAUAUUGGAUUAUUCUAUAGUAUAUGAUGAACAAAAAAAAAUAUUUAAUGCUACUAAAAACUUAAAACUAUUAAAAGAAAAUGAAGAAAAAAAAAAUACCAAAAGAGAUAAAUUUAAAAAAAAAAUUUUUUUCUUUUGGGAUAAAAAAAAAAAAAAAAAUAGUAAAUUACUUCUUGAUACAAAUAAUAACAUAAAAGAUUAUAAUGUUAAUGAAAAAAAUAAUUCAAGUAGUUAUAUUAACGCUAUAAAAGAAAAGGAUAGGGGAAUUAUGGAUAAUAAAAAAUUACCAUUAAACUAUAAUUUAGAUACUGAAAAUAGUUAUGAAUAUGCUAAUGAGAAUUUUCCUUUGAAUGAAAAAAAAGAUUCUUGUUUACUACAAGUUAAUAGUAAAAGUAUGAAAGAAAAGAGUAUUUUAAAAAAGUAUGAAUCAAAAAAUGUAUUAAGUAAAACUAACUCUUUAUAUAAUAUUCAUGAAAUAAAAAAAAGUAGCUUGAAUAAUUCUAUGUUACCAAAUGACAAAUCAGAAGAAAAUGAAGAAUUAUCUAUUAAAAGCAAUAAAAAAGUUUAUUAUAUGAAUGAUUUUCAAAAUUUUAAAGGCAAUGAUGAAAAGCAAGAAAACACAGAUGUAUAUAAUGAUAUGGAAUAUAUAGAAAAUAAUAAUUUAGAUGAUAAUUUUUUCAAAAAAACACAAAAAAGCUUUUUGCUAAAAAACAGAAGUAAAGAUAAUUGUAAACAAAUAUGUAAAAGAAAAAGGUGGAGAGAAGGUUUCAAAGAAGAAAAUUAUGAGAUUAAAACAAAAAGGAAAAAUAGUAACAACGUUAGUAAUGAAGAUGUAUGUUUUUUAAAAGAUACAAGUGAUGAUGAAGAAACAUUAAAAGAAGACAAAAUAAAUAAAAUAAAUAUUAUAAAUAAUGAUUAUAAUUAUAAAUUAGAAUUACACGAUAACUUAAUAAGAAAUAACAAUAGUGAAAUGUUAUUUUAUGAUUUAGAAAAUCUUUCAACUAAAGAUAAUGAUAACAUGGAAUUAAAUUAUAAAGAAAAAGAAAAAACAUUUGAAUCAACAUUAAGAACUAAUUUUCUACAUAAAUUUAUGUUCUUUUUUAAAAAAAAUAAGAAAAGUCAUUGGAAAAAAAAAUUAAAAGAACAUUUAAUAAAAUUUUAUUCAAUCAAAAAUGAAACCCCAAAAAAAUCUACAGGUGUGUGUUUUGUAUCUUUUAUUGACACUAAAUCUGUUCAUGAUUGUAUUCAUAAUAUUCCAUUUACUGAAAGAAAUAAGUGGAUUAUAUCAAAAGCACCACCAAAUUAUGAUAUUAUAUGGAAGAAUUUAAAAAAUCAUAGCUAUAAAGUUUGUGCACGUUUUAUUAUUUUAAAUGCAUUAUUAUUAGUAGCUAAUACAAUAAUUAUUAUAUCAGUUACUUCAAUUGAUAAUAUAUUAAAAUUAAGAGUAAACAAAUAUAGAGAAGAUCCCAAUUCAUCAAACAUUAGCUCAAUUUUAAUAACUUGGUUAUCACCUUUCAUUGUUAUUUUUGUGAAUAGUAUAGUUCAACCAGCAUUAAUUGCAUGUGUUUCGAUUGCUAUUGGAUUUAUAAGGAAAUCAAGUGAACAUACUUAUGUGUUACAAGGAAAUUUUAUUUUUUUAAUUUUAAACACAAUUAUUAUUCCAUUAUUGUCAUUAUCACCCUUAAGUUCUCUUAUUAAAGUGAUGUAUUCUGAUGAAAUAGAGCAAUGGUCUACACGUUUAAGGGAAUAUCUUUUUAAUUCAAGUGGAUUUUUUGCUAUGAGAUAUUUACUUCAUUGUUGCUUUUUAACAUGUGCAAAUCAGCUAUUACAAAUUCCUCAAUUUUCAAUACGUUCAAUUGUUAAAAAGAUAACAAAGAAAGAAAUUGGUGCAUGGACGUUUGAUUUUGGUUAUUGGUAUGGAUUUAACACUUCUAUUUUAGCAUUAAUACUAACAUUUAGUGUUGCCGUUCCUUUUAUACUGCCAUUAGGUUCUUUAUAUUUUUUUUUACGAUAUUAUAUUGAUAAAUAUAAUCUUAUUUAUGAAAUAUGUAGAACAAAUUUAGAUAGCCAUGGGGCUGUUGUGAGAACUGCAAUUAAAUUUAUGCUUUUUUCUGUAGCAUUUUUUCAGCUUGUUAUGUUUACAUUUUUCUCAAGAGUACAAAAUAAAUUUAUUUCUGUUGGUAGAAAUAUUCUUUUUUUGUCAUCAUCUCUUACAACAUUAUUACUUCUCUGUAGAUCUACAGAAUGGGUUAGUACUCAUCAUAUAAAAAAGAAAAAAGGAAAAAGAACAUUUUGUUAUUUAUGUGAGAAGAAUGUUUAUGUAAGUAAUUUAAAAGAUUUAAAUAAAUUGAAAUAUGCAUAUGCGAACCCGUGUGAGUCUAAAAGGUAA